AUGAGCACCAAAUCUAACGAAGACAUAGAUAAUAAAGAAGAGAAAAAUAUCGAAGUUAAGAAGAAGAAAAAAAAAAAAAAAAAAAAAAUUAUAAUAAAUGUGCGAAAGAAAGUUCUCCGAAAGGAGGAAUUAACAAUUGAGGAUGUCUCCAGUUCGAAUGCGCUGGGUGAAAGUCUGACGGAUAGUCGGAAUGGGAAAGGCGCUUCAAAAGGGAAGUAUGUUCGCAGCAAUGGUAGUCCCAAGAAGCCUGUCAAGGCAACCAAGAAGGCUCGCUUCUUCGAUAAAGAAUACGACAUCCGUGAGAUUCCAAACUGCCCCAUUUCUGAGAUGCUCCUAAAGCGCAAGAAAAAACAAUGA